AUGCCCAAUGCCUAUGGACGAUCACAUAAGGAGAACCCGGAGAAAACCAGCCACUGGGUACUUCAUGCCUCCUUUGUCGUGUCUUUGCUGGACGAGCUGAUCCUGGUAGCAGGGCAGUUCCUGCACUUUCUGCUAACCGAGAGAGAAAUUCUCGCCUUCUUAAGGCUGUGCUCCUUGAAAGCGGAUGGCUCCACAUCUGCAGACUCUGGGCUGGCACGAGCAGCGGGUACGGCGUACUGCAGAGAUGAGAAUACACCCUACUGUGAAGGAAAACUGAAGCGAUCCAAGACCUCUCGGAUUUCACAGCCUCUGGGUGCAGUGACUGUGGAGCUGGCUUGGCGAGUUGGGCAGAAUGGUAAGAAGAGGGAUAACAAUGUUAUUUUAUACUUUCGCUUUUCUUGCAAGUUGGAUGCUGCCGCCAUUCCGCUAACGAUGCUUGAAUUCCCUGAAAGGAAGGCUGAAGACUCUGAAAUAGCAGGGGGGAAAAAACAAUCACCUUUGAAAGAUAAUCUUUCACCAUGGGAAGAAUGGUUCAUAGGCAAAGAGAAGGAACUACGCGCCCGCUUACAAGCUAGAGCUGCAGAGGAAAUGAAUAUACAGCUUGAGAAGAUGAAGCAGAAGCAAGAAUGUGAAAAGAGGAAAAGGAUAGCUGAAGAGAAGCACAAGGAAUGGGUCCAAAAAAAAAGAGAAGAGGAAAGAAGGGAAAGGGAACGAAAGCUGAGCAAGGAAAUGGCAGAAAAAGCCACAAGGGAACUAGAAAAAAUGCAGAUACAAGAAAAGGCCGAAGUAAAGUAUAAGGAAUGGUUAAAGAAGAAGAGAGCUGAAGAGGCAGAAAAGAAGAAGAAAGAGAAGGAAAAAGAAAAAGAAAAGGAAGCUGAGCUACAGGAGAAGAAAGCAAAAUCAGAGAAGAUAUUUAAGGAAUGGCUACAUAAUGCUAGAAAUAAACCACGUCCUCUUUUAAAUGGCUAUGGCUUCCCACGUGGGAAGUCUACAGGGUGUGCUGAUGGAAAUUCAUAUCCAGUUCCAGCGUAUUGUAACCCUAUUCCUUGGAAACCUAUACAUGUGCCUCCUCCAAAGGAAGACAAUGUUCUUACCAUGAAGAAGAGUAAGAGACCCGUAUCUUGUCAGUCACACGCGUCUUUGCCUUCGGUAAUUUAUAAGCCCAAAACCAACCCAUGUAUUGGAUCCUUGUGCAGAAAGCAGUUAUAG